GCCGAGUCGUUCCUGCAGAGAUCCCAGCUGGAAUUCCUCCCCUUGAGAGGAAUCCCGGACGUUUCUGGAGCAUCCCUGGAGCGUUCUGAGCUUUCCCUGCAGGGCCCAGCCCUUCCCAGUUCAUCCCACUGGAGCACAGCUGGGAAGGAUGGACACUGCUCUGGUCACUCCUCCCAGGGCACUGCUGCCUCCGAGCUCUCAGACAAGGACAGCGAGUCCCCAGGGCAGGGGGAAUCCUCAUCCUCAUCCUCAUCCUCAGGAAACUCCUUUAAAACUGCCCUGACCAAAUUCUCCGGGAGAAGUGAGGGGGGGAAGCAGCAGGAGAAGGUGGAAGUGCUUGGGAGUGGAGCAGGAGCCCCGCAGGAGCAGCAGGAAGGGACGAAGGUGCCCGAGCUUGCUUUGUCACAGCAUUUUUUGGGCCAUUUGAGGACGGGUCGUUCUGGAAGCUCGGCUGCUGAGGAUGUUUGUGCAGGGGGAGGGGGUGAGGAACGUGGGCCGGGCCCCGGGCACAUCAGCAGGGAUGAGCUGACAGCAUCCGACUUCUCCAUCGAGAGGGGACACAAAGGCACCGAGAUCUCCCCUUCCCUCAGCCUGGGAGCCGAGGGCUCCUUCUCUGUGCUCCUGCCUCAGCCCAACUUUCAGUCCACUCCUGGCGUGUUCCUCAAGAAACCCGGCAAGGCAGGAGGACCCGGAGCCCUGCUGGGCCCUUUGGAUUCUCCUCCCUGCUCGGAUGAAGCCUCGGGGAAAUCUCCCGGAUCCCUUGGGAAGGAGCAUCCUCCCGAGAGUGCUGUGAAAGAAACUCGUGCACGUUUGGAGUCCCUGAAGCUGGGAUCCCCCUGCCCUGGCAGGAUCCAGCCCUUCCCAUGCCUGAGUUUCCUGGAGAAUGUGGGAGCCGGGACUGUGCCCCAGCCGGGGCAAUGUCCCGAUGCCACCAGCUCGGCCGUGCCAGCUGCAAUUCCUCCUGCAAGGAGAACCCCCAGUGCACCUCCCGACCCUUCCAGCCGUGUUUUUAUACCGGCACACAAAAACGCGGGCGGCCCCGAGGAGUGCCCUGCUCUCGGGGGCUCUCCGGGGAGUUGGCAUUGCCCUGGCAGGAGCGUUCCUGCCCUCCGCAGGUGCCAGUCUGACAAUGCCGUGACCGAGAAAGGCAGCAGAGCCCUCCGGGCACCAAAGCUCCCAGGGGAGGAGGAGAAUCCUGCUCCGGGGGGCUCUGGCAGCACCUCAGCCCCCUCCAGGACGCUCUGCCUUCAUCCUGCAUCUCGUGCUGCAGAUCCUGUCCCCCCUGGAGCCCCUCUGGACACUCCCCAGAAAGAGGAGAUGGAUAUUGAGGAGAGGAUCCCGAUCUACCUGCGGAACCUGGGCAUCGAGCAGUCCCCUGGCACCAUCCUGGCACCGUUUUUGCCCCAGAGGCCCCUCCAGGAGCUGGAGUUCUCCCCCUGGCAGCUCAGGAGGCUGCAGGAUCCCCUGGGCACGCUGGCCAGGGUGCCCCCACAGGCACAGGGUGCACUGCUGCCAGCCUUUGAGAUGUCACAAGCCAGCUGGGACUCGGCUGUGUCCCCUCUGAGCCUGUCCCUUGCCCUGGGCUCCGAGGCUGCCUCGGGUGUGCUGUCCAGCCAGGGCAGCGUUCCAGGUGCCCAGCUGGAGGAGGUGGCUGCCCCAGGGAGCUGGGGUGCCCUGCAGGGAUGGGCUGCGGGGGCUUUGUGUGCAGGCAGGGAUCAGAUGGAAUCAGAGCCAGGGUCCCAGAGCUCUGGGGUGGGGAGUGAGAGCAGCCAGGGGCAGGACACGGAGUCCCUGCUGGGAUCUGGGAUCACCCUGCAGGACAGGAAUUCCCUGCUGGGAUCUGGGACCCUGCAGGACAGGAAUUCCCUGCUGGGAUCUGGGACCACCCUGCAGGACAGGAAUUCCCUGCUGGGAUCUGGGACCACCCUGCAGGAGCUGCUGGCACAGGCAGAGGGUCUCAGUGCCAGCUGGACCCGUCCUGCUGUCCCCACAGGCUCCUGCAGGGACACUGGGGACUCUCCCCCAGUGCUGGUCAGGAAGGAGGGUGAUCCCAAAGAUUCCAGGUUAGGGAAGGGCUGGAUCCCUGAGCUGCAGAGGAGGCUGUCAUGGGAUGGGGCUGUGACCCCGAGGGGUGUGCAGGGAGAGGGGCUUGGGGUGCAUCCUGUGGGUUCUUUGGGAUGGGGAAAUCCUGCAGCCGUGGGUUUGCAGCACAGGGAAGGGCUGAAGGGACCAGCCCCGGAGGCAGGGACAGGACAAUCCAGGGGAAGGUGGGAGCCGGAGGGGUGCAGCAGUGUGAGCACGGGCAGGAACCAGGCUGCCCGAGCGGGGCUGGCACAGGGCAGGGCCAGCAGCCACCUGAGCGCUGGGACCCGGGUGGGCAGUGGCAGCAGCAGCAGUGGGGACUCCCUCAGUGCCCGGGUCAGGGAGCUCCUGGGGGCCCCUGGCUCCCCUGGCAUCGAUGCCAGCCGGAUGCUGAGGAAUGCAGAGGAGCAGGAGAGGAAGAUCCGAGCCUGGGUGAAGCUGAAACUGUCCCAGGAGUCGGGGCCAGGCUGGGAUGAAGAGACCCAGCACAGGAUGGAGGAAAUCAAGGCAGAGCUGCUCCCCAAGGCCAGGAGAUCUGCACAAGCCAGGGUACAAACCAGGGAUCCGUGGCUCUGUGGUCUGGAAGCAGCUCCUGAGUAUCAGAGGAAGCAGGAGCAGGACCUGGAGCAUUCCCAGGCUGAGCCCUGGGAUUGCUCCCUGCUGCAGGACCUGCAGCUGAAAUCCUGGAGCACCACUGAGCUGCAGGACCUGCAGGUGAAAUCCUGGAGCACCACUGAGCUUCAGGACCUGCAGGUGAAAUCCUGGAGCACCACUGAGCUGCAGGACCUGCAGAUGGACCUCCAGAACACUGCAGAGCUGCAGGACCUGCAGGUGAAAUCCUGGAACUCUGCUGAGCUGCAGGACCUGCAGGUGAAAUCCUGGAGCACUACUGAGCUGCAGGAGGAGAUGCCAGGUGGGCACAGCCAGGCUUGUGGGGGCUCGGGAGCAGCUGCACACGUGGCUUUGCUGCAGGGCCCUGGUGAGGAGUUGGCAGAGGGCAGGAGAAGCUCUCAGGAGGCAGCUCUGGUUCCAGAGGAGGCUGGGGAGGAGCAGACGGCUCCUGGUCACCCUGCAGCUGCACGUUUAUCCAGCACCUCGGCCCCGGUGAGGAAAUUCCUGAGCUGUGUGCACAUCACCCUGUCCUCCAGGCUCAGGCAGCCCGAGCUGAGCAGGGCUGGGAUGGGGCAGUGGGACAAAGCUCCAGCACAGGCUCAGCCUUUAAAAGCAGCUCCAGAAUGUGCAGUGGGAGGUGGUGCCCAGGGGAUUGCAGAGGGUCCCAGCCCAGCUGUGCCAGCAGAUCCCAGCCAGAUGUUCUCCUCCAGGCUGCAGGGCAGGGCCAGAGCCCAGCUCGGGGGUGCAGAGGGGACCCCCAGCUCUGCCCCUCCUGCUGCACAACCUGCCAGGAGCGUUUCUGAUGCUGCCACCCAGAUCCCCGUGGAGAGUGCCACCCAAAGCACGCUGUCGGCAGAAGAGUGUGUGCAGCCCCAGGACGGGGGAGACGCUGCCCCUGAGGCUGCCCAGGUCCCACCUUCAUCCCACAAGGACGUUCCUCCCUUCCCGAGGCAGCCUGCCCAGCCCCUGCUGCUGCCCUACAAGCCCUGGGGAAGCACUGGCAUGUAUUAUGUGCCUUACCAGAGAGCAGCAAACAGCCUGUGCCCAGGGGAGGCCCAGGCCAGUGGAGACAGCUCCCACUCAGGCUCAGAGGAUGCUCCUGCAGGGUUCCUGUCCCCAGUGCUGGCUCUCAGGGACGAUGCCACUCGAGCCAGGGCAGCUGCCCAGCAGAGAGGGACAGUCCAUGGCCACAGGGCUGGGCCUGGCCUGGCCUGGGCUGAGGAGCAGAGGAUGCCCCUGGAGCAGUUUUCAGAGCUGACAGAGCCUUCCAAGAGUGUGAAACCCUCUGGUGCUGUCGCUGGGAGCUGCUGCCCGGAUCCCAGGGGGUUCUGCAGGCACAGUGUCCCCAGCUCAGGGAUUGUCCCCAGCUCAGGGAUUGAGCUGUGGGUCACGUUCCUGCAGCGCCAGAGGACACAGCAGCAGCAGCAGGGCUUGGGGACAAGGGGACAGCUGUCCCUGGUGGAGAGGCUGGAGAGGCUGGCACGGCUCCUGCAGAGCCCCAUCAGGCACCUCAGGACAGACGGGGCAGGGCACAGGGUGGCCCAGCAGCUGGAGAAGGUUCUGGAGGAGCAGCCCGUGGCAGUUGCCAGUGACAGCUCCUCGGACACCCGGCUGAGCUCAGAGCCCAGCGCCUGCAGCACCUCGGGCUGGGACACGGCGACCCCGGCAGGGCUGGACACGUCCCCUGCGUGCGGGGACAGCAGCUCCGUGUCCCUGUCCCUGUCCUCCAUCGACACGGCCAGGCUGCUCCGAGCCUUCGGGCAGCGCCGGCUACAGCUGUCCCCGGGGCUGGCCCGGCUGUACGGUGCCAUCAGGCAGCAGAGGAGGCGCUCAGAGCUGCAGGAUGAGCAGAGAGCCGCGGGCAGUGCGGGACGUGCCCCGGGGGAUGCUCGGAGCCCUGGGGAGGGGCAGCAGGGCCAGAGCCCCGUCCCCAUCGCCCCGGGCCGCAGGCGGCGCUCGCGGAUGCUGAGCAAGGGCGUCCAGGCAGGGACCCCGUGGCUCGUCCAAGCCGAGGAUCUGAGCUGUGAAUGGAGGAAAGAAAACCAGCCCCGAGGCUCUGCUGGCCCCGGGCCAGCCUGGUUUGAGCCCUGGGCCAUCAGCAGAGCCUGGAGGGAGCCCCUGCGGGAGAGGAACUGGGGGGAGGGGCUGCCACAGCCCCACGAGGGGCUCACGCUGCAGGAGGCGCUGGCCCUGCACCGCCCCGACUUCAUCUCGCGCUCGGGGCAGCGCCUGCGGCAGCUGCAGGAGAGGAGGGAGCAGAGGGGACAGCUGCGACAGCUGCAACAGCUGGAACAGCUGGAACAGCUGGAGCACCUGCGGCCGUCCCAGAGGGAACAGCUGCUGCAGCCUCCAGGGAAGAGGAAGAAGCACAGGACGGCGACACAGCUGGUGUCAGAGCCAGGUUUCCUGAUGAAAGAAAGGAGAAGAGCAAUUCCCAAGAGAGAAAUGUUUCAAAGGUCUAAAAGGAUCUACGAGCAGCUGCCCGAGGUGAGGAGGAAGAGGGAGGAGGAGCAGAGGAAGCUGGAGUACAGCUCCUACCGCCUGAGGGCUCAGCUCUACAAAACUGUGAGUGUCCCUGGGCGCUGGGCAUGGAGCAGGGCACUGUUCCUGUGCACAACAGCCCAGCCUUGGCUCACACACACAAAUACUCACACAAAAUUGAGAAUUGCACACAGCUCAUAUGGCUGUGGUUAUCAGCAGGCACAGAGUUAA